AGAGCCGUGAAACAUGUGCGCCCGGCGUUGCAUCAGACGGCGUGGCAAUUACGUCAAAAUCACUCUGCUUAGCGGCAACGAGGGAAGUUUCAUGUGGGUUUGGUGUUUAUUGUGCUAAGCUGACGUCUCCUAAAUUUGCAGCGAAACGCAAUGGACACGCUGUAUGUCUCCCCCCACCCAGAUGACCUCAGGAGUCUCCUGGCCCUCAUCGCUGCUGAAUAUUGCCCCUCCCCUCCGCGCAUAGUUACUGGGGACCCUCCAGCACACCUUGCCAAAUUGCGUCCAGCCUUGACCCUGGCUAACAGCGAUGUGGUGCUGACUGGGCCGUGUGCGGUGGGCUGGUUCCUGUCCUCUGGGCUGAAGAAGGGCAAGAGAGAUGCCAAGGAGGAGAGCCAGGUCUGGCAGUGGCUUAGUUUUGCGGAGAACGAGUUGAUUCCACUUGCCUGCGCUGUGGUUUUCCCUUUACUGGGAGUGACAGGAGUGGACAAACAGCUCCAGCAUAGCUCCCGGAUGGAGCUGAAGAGGGUCCUCGGGAUCCUGGACCAGACCCUGCAGCCCAAAACUUACCUGGUCGGGGAGAGCGUCUCAUUGGCCGACAUUGCUGUUUCCAUGGCUGCUCUGCUGCCUUUUAAAUACGCCUUGGAACCUUCAGACAGAAAGUCCCUGACUAACCUGACCAGGUGGUUCCUCACCUGUAUUAACCAGCCAAAGUUCCAGAAGGUUCUUGGCGCAGUCACACUGUGUGAGAAAAUGGCUCCAGUAUCACCCAAGGCCAGCUCCACUCCCUCUGCCACUGCAACCAGUGCCCCAGCUGCUGGGGGGCCGCCCAAGACGGAGGCCCAGCUGAAGAAGGAGGCCAAGAAGAGGGAGAAACUGGAGAAGUUCCAGCAGAAGAUGGAGAUGGCGGAGAAGAAGAAGCAGCAGCCGCAGUCUGAGAAGAAGAGCAAACCAGAGAAGAAGGAACUGGGCGUGGUCACGUACAGCAUUCCCACUCCCGCCGGGGAGAAGAAAGACGUGCUGAGCCCCCUGCCGGACGCCUACAGUCCACAGUAUGUGGAGGCUGCCUGGUACCCCUGGUGGGAGAAGCAGGGCUUCUUCAAGCCUGAGUAUGGGCGUAAAAGCGUCAGCGAGCCGAAUCCCCGCGGUCUGUUCAUGAUGUGUAUCCCUCCGCCCAACGUGACCGGGUCUCUCCACUUGGGCCACGCCCUCACCAAUGCCAUUCAGGACUGCCUGACCCGAUGGCACCGGAUGCGGGGCGAGACCACGCUGUGGAACCCGGGCUGCGACCACGCCGGCAUCGCCACGCAGGUGGUGGUGGAGAAGAAGCUGAAGCGGGAGCGGGGGCUGAGCCGCCACGACCUGGGCAGGGAGGCCUUCGUCCAGGAGGUGUGGAAGUGGAAGAACGAAAAGGGGGACCGGAUCUAUCACCAGUUGAGAAGGCUGGGCUCCUCUCUGGACUGGGAAAGGGCCUGUUUCACCAUGGACCCUAAACUGUCCUAUGCAGUGCAGGAGGCCUUCAUCCGGCUACACGACGAAGGAGCGAUCUACAGGAGCAAGAGGCUGGUCAACUGGUCCUGCACGCUCAACUCCGCCAUCUCGGACAUAGAGGUGGAUAAGAAGGAGCUGACUGGCAGGACUCUGCUGCCAGUCCCUGGAUACAAGGAGAAGGUGGAGUUUGGGAUUCUGGUGUCUUUCUCCUACAAGAUCGAUGGAUCAGAUGAGGAGGUGGUGGUGGCCACGACCCGUAUAGAAACCAUGCUGGGGGACACUGCCGUCGCUGUCCACCCCUCCGACCAGCGAUACCAGCACCUGAAAGGGAAGUCGGCCAUCCAUCCGUUCUGCGACCGCAAGCUGCCCGUCGUCUUCGACGAGUUUGUGGACAUGAGCUUCGGCACAGGCGCUGUGAAGAUCACUCCAGCUCACGAUCACAACGAUUACGGCGUGGGCGAGAGGCACAACCUGGAGUUCGUCAACAUCCUAGACGAGAACGGCUUCCUCAUCAACGUGCCCCCUCCCUUCCUGGGAAUGAAGCGGUUUGAUGCUCGAAAGGCAGUUCUACAGGCCCUGAAGGACAGAGGGCAGUUUAAGGAGAUUCAGGACAACCCCAUGGUGGUACCUGUCUGCAGUCGCUCUAAGGACAUCGUGGAGCCCUUGCUGAAGCCCCAGUGGUACGUCGACUGCGCCGACAUGGGCAAGCAGGCGGCCGACGCCGUCAGGGAGGGCCGGCUCAAGAUCAUCCCCGACCUCCAUCUCAAGACCUGGUUCAACUGGAUGGACAACAUCAGGGAUUGGUGCAUCUCUCGCCAGCUGUGGUGGGGUCACAGGAUCCCAGCGUACUUCGUCACCGUCGAUGACCCGUCCGUCAAGCCUGGGGAGGACAUGGACGGCCACUACUGGGUCAGCGGGCGGAGCGAGGAGGAGGCCAGGGAGCGGGCGGCCAAGCGCUUCGGCGUGCCCGCGGAGAAGAUCUCUCUGAGACAGGACGAGGAUGUGCUGGACACCUGGUUCUCCUCGGGCAUCUUCCCCUUCUCCAUUUUUGGCUGGCCCAACGCGUCUGAGGACCUGGACGUGUUCUACCCCGGGACCCUGCUGGAGACGGGACACGACAUCCUCUUCUUCUGGGUCGCCCGCAUGGUGAUGAUGGGCAUCAAACUGACCGGGAAGCUGCCCUUCAAAGAGGUGUACCUGCACGCCGUGGUGCGUGACGCUCACGGGAGGAAGAUGAGCAAGUCGCUGGGCAACGUCAUCGACCCGCUGGACGUCAUCAUGGGGAUAUCGCUGGAGGGUCUGCACGCCCAGCUGGCCGACAGUAACCUGGACCCGCUGGAGAUUGAGAAGGCCGUGCAGGGACAGAAAUCUGAUUACCCCAAUGGGAUCCCCGAAUGUGGAACAGACGCUCUCAGGUUCGCACUCUGCGCCUACACCAGCCAAGGCCGGGACAUUAACAUGGACGUGAACCGUAUCCUGGGAUACAGGUUCUUCUGCAACAAGCUGUGGAACGCCGUCAAAUUCGCCCUGAAGGCGCUGGGGGAGGGGUUCGUGCCGCUGGACAAGGCGCAGCUGUCGGGCGCCGAGAGCGUGUCCGACAGGUGGAUCCUCUCCAGGCUGUGCGCCGCCGUCGCUGCCUGCGGCUCCGGGUUCCAGGCGUACGACUUCCCCGCCAUCACCACCGCCAUCUACAACUUCUGGCUUUACGAGCUGUGCGACGUCUACCUGGAGUGCCUGAAGCCCGUGCUGAGCAGGACGGACAGCGAUGGGGCAAGAGAGGCGGACGUCUGCAGACAGACGCUGUACACCUGCCUGGAAGUGGGGCUCCGCCUCCUGUCUCCCAUCAUGCCUUUCGUCUGCGAGGAGCUGUUCCAGCGGCUGCCCCGACGCCGGCCAGAGAGAGACCUGCCCAGCGUCUCCGUCGCCUCCUACCCAGAGUCUGCCGAGUUUUGCUGGCACAGCGAGGAGGUGGACCGGCAGAUGGAGUUUGUGAUGACCGUGGUGCGGACCAUCCGCUCCCUGAGGGCCGACUACAACCUGACCAAGACCCGCGCCGACUGCUACCUGCAGUGCAUCGACUCGGACACGGCCGCCGUGGUGCAGAAGCACGGCCUGCAGAUCCAGACGCUGUCGUACUCGCAGUCCGUCCACGCCGUCCCCGCGGCGGGGGGCGGCGUCCCCGAGGGCUGUGCCGUCGCCAUCGCCUCUGACAGGUGCACCGUGCACCUGCUGCUCAAGGGCCUGAUCGACCCGGAGAAAGAGCUGGCCAAGCUCGCCGCCAAGAAGGGGGAUCUGGAGCGACAGACGGAGAAGCUGAACGAGAAAAUGGAGAAGAGCGACUACAAGGAGAAGGUCCCGGCCAAAGUGCAGGAGCAGGAUGGCGAGAGGCUGCGCCAGAGCCAGACAGAGCUGCAGAAAGUAAAGGAAGCCAUCGACAACUUCAAGAAAAUGAUCUGAUCUGAUUUGUACCUCACGCUCUUGCUGGUCCCUACUUUUACAUCACCUGCUUUUCACAAUUGUACAACUAUGCCUCUUGUGUUGGUAAUUGUAUUGUAUGGAAUGUCACUUUCUUAAUUACUUGAGGGGGAAAAAAAUAUAAUAAAAUCUAAAUCUUAAUAUCUCUGUUAA